AUGACGGAAGCUCCCACUAGUUGGCUACAGAACCUUGGCAUUGCCAUUGAGAUCGCUUGCCCAACUCUGGCACUCAUUGCGAUAAGUUUGCGACUCUACAUCAGAAUUGAUACGAAGACCCUCGGCUGGGAUGACGCCUGCAUAUGUGUCGCGAUGGCUCUCUCAAUUGCCCUAGCUAUCGGAUCUAUUAUAUGUAUGAAAGAGCUCUACAUAGGCAGUCACUAUUGGGACGUUCCCUUGCUCAUGAACCCGACGACAGGAAUGAUCUGGAUCUACAUUGUCGGCGCUGUCUACAAUCCGAUUCUCGCACUGGUUAAACAGUCUGUCCUCAUCUUCCUGAUCCGUUUCUCCGGUGUCAAAGACGUAGUGAGAUACGUUGUCUGGGCAACAGCUACAUUUAAUCUCGCGCUCAUGAUCGCCACCUUUGUUGCUGUCAUUUUUCAAUGCACGCCCAUUGAGAAGAACUGGAAACCAACCUUGGCAGGGAGUUGCAUUGAGCAAUUCUCGUUCGGAAUAUCUACUGCAUGCUUGACUAUUCUGACAGAUCUUGUCUCUGUUGGUCUCCCAUUUUACAUGUUCCUGGGCUUGAAGAUGCAGAAGAAAAGGAAGAUUGGGCUGAUGAUUGUUUUCAUGCUCGGAAUCAUGUCUGCAACCUUCCGUGAGCGUCUUGGGAGGGACCUCACUGAGGCCACCUCCCGGGCACAGCAGAUUCUGGACGACACUAUCACCUAG